ACCGGUAAACCAAAUAUUUCUAAAUUUGACGUAAACGGGAAUUACUUUUGUAUUUGAUCAUAAUUAGAAGGGGUGUAAAACCAAGAAAUGUAUGUCCGAAUCAAAGGGCUAACGUUGCAGUAAAUGUCCAAAAUGAAACGGCAAAUGCAAUUAGACUCCGAAUCAAGAAAACGUAAUCACACCACCCGAUUGCAUGCCUUCUUUCCCCAAACUAUAUUUUGGCAGAAAAUUCAGAUGAUAGUUAUCACAUACUUAUAGGGGAAUGGGGAGGAGGAGGACGGCGGCGGCUCUGAGCAAGGUUCUUGCAUGGGUGCGGCGGCGGUCGGCCAAAGUGAAGACGUUGCUGGUGGUGGCGUUUGCCCUCUGCGCUCUGCUAGCGCUUAAACUCCUGGUUAAGAAUCACGCCCACUUCUUCGUUGUCUCUGAAGCUGUACAUUUUGCUGGGAUUUUGGUCUUGAUUUAUAAGCUCACCACUCAUAAGACUUGCUCUGGCCUCUCAUUGAAGACACAAGAGCUCACAGCUAUAUUCUUAGCAGCAAGAUUAUGCUGCAGUUACUCUAUGGAGAAUAACAUUCACACCUUUCUCGAUUUCUUGACGCUCAUGUCAACUUUGUGGGUCAUAUACACGAUAAGGUUCAAGUUAAAGUCAACCUACGUCGCAGAGCUAGACAAUAUGCCCUUGUAUUAUGUGGCUGUCCCAUCUGCGAUUCUAGCCGUACUCAUCCAUCCUUACACACACCAUGCACGUCUUGCUCGAAUCCUUUGGGCGUUUGCUCUGUACUUGGAAUCCGUCUCUGUGCUGCCGCAACUUAGGAUGAUACAGAAUACAAAGAUGAUUGAACCGUUUACAGCCCAUUACGUGUUUGCACUCGGUGUUGCAAGAUUCUUGGGUUGUGCUCAUUGGAUCAUUCAGGUCUAUGAUUCUGCUGGAAAGUACUUGUUCCUUGUCGGAGCCGGAUACAUUUGGCUUCCUAUGGUCCUGCUGGCUGAAAUCGUCCAAACGUUCAUCUUGGCUGACUUCUGUUACUAUUAUGUGAAAAGUGUCGUGAAUGGUCAACUUAUAGUCAGCCUGCCUUCGCCCGUGUAAGAAUAUAUAUUCGUCAGAAUGGGAGAUUGUACGAUUGUUUUUCAAACUCUUUGAUUGUCCUGAACGAUAAUAGGAUGAAUUGGGUUUGGUUGGAACGAGUUGCCCUGUGAUUUUGCAGUGAACUAUAAAGUAAGACAUCAUAUAUGUGUUGAAUACUAACGAUGCAAGAGAUGCUUGAUAUGUCAUUAC